CCUCGUCGUGGCUGGCUCGUGUUACAGAUCAAGCGAAAGCUCUGGUGAAGAAAGCAAGCAAACAUGUCGUGGAUGAAAGGAGAUUUACUUUCCAAAACAAGGAGGCUUGUUGGUGGACUCGCUUCUCGAGAGCCCGUUUGGCUCAAAGCCAUGGAAGCAUCACCUCCUCCUGUGUUUCCUCGCUCUAAUGGGAACCUCAAGAAGAUUGUUCUCCCUGAAGAUCCUUACGUUCGUAGAUUCUCCCGUAAGCAUCCUGAAGCUAAACUCGUCGACCCCAACAAGGUCUCGGCGUUUAUUCCAGAUCCAGCACGCGUGUAUGGUUGUCGUGUCCUUGAACUGACCAAGAAUGGCAUCAGUGAGGAUGACGCCAUGUCUGUAGCUAACAUGGAGUAUCUUGCAGAGAGGAAGGAAAAGAAGAAAGCAUACAAACGCCUAAAGGAGCUUGCUGUACUGCAAGACAAGGCUCCUCCUCCUAAACCAUACCUUAGUGCCAAAAAGGAGAUGCAAACUCAAGAGAAGAAACCACCUACGGAUCCUCCUAGCGUCCGUAGGCUAGUUAACCAGUUGAAACAGCAGAAAGAGGUGUUGCUUCAGGACAAACCUGGAGGAGGAAGUGCUAAUCAUGAUCAUUGGAUCGACGAAUAGAUUAUAUCUCCAUCAUCAUUUUGUUUUUUUAUGCAAGUUCAAGUCUUUUUAUUACAUGGUGUGACAAGUGUUGUUAUUUCCCAUUUGAUUGUUUACAAAACAUUUUCAACAUACAAGUGUUACUCCCAUUUUGAUUGUCG